AGCAACAAGUCAGAUACGUCGUAAAUAUACUAAUCUCCAAACUGAUCAAAUAAAUGAGCAACGUGUUAGAUACAAUGCUGAGGCAGAGCGAGAUUUGCAACAAACCGAUUUGGAUAAUGCCUUGAAUGAUCUUAAUUUGAUGACAACGGCAUAUAACAAUGAAAGAGUUACAUGCCAGCAAUAUUUUUUAGAGUUACAGCAAUGUAAAGAAGAUUUAUACGAAUUUCUUGCACAAUUUAGAGCUGAAAUAGAAGGAAGAGGAAUAGAUGUUGCAGAUGCAGUGGGUGGUCCCCCAACAGGAAGAGAUCAUGCAAAAGGAUUAUUACGUGGGUGUAUGAGAGGACCAAUGUUAGAAUGGUAUGAUGAAAAUAUUACCACUAAACAAAAUUUCGAAUUACAUAACUUACUUGAUAAUACAGCACAAGGUACAAUACAAUUAGUAGCUGGACGUACUGCGGUACAAUUGGGCGCACAAGCACUUCGAGAAGCAAAUGGUCGAGCAGGUACAGACAUAAUUCCCUUAAGAGCAACACAUGAUCCUUGGAACGAAGAUUGGAGCAUAGCAGAUGGACGUCCAACUAAUGAUGCCGUUAAUGCACCUAAUGCUAAUAAUGGUACUCCAGUUGUUGUAGCCGGAAUAAGAUUUGGUCAAGCUGUAUGGAUGUUAAAAGACAAAUCACCUACAGUCGAAGAAGAAAUCCGAGCGUUACAAUAUGGAACAUUAAGACAAGGAGAUGGUACAAUAGAAGAAUUUGCCAAUAAAAUCCGAAGAGCUGGAAGAGGUUAUAGAGAUGAAGAAUUACGAAGAAAAUUUCUUGAUGGGUUAGAACCUGAAUGGUUAGAAAAAGCGGAGGAUAUAGGGGAGGAUAUGACUUUUAACGAGUUGGCUAAAAAGCUUUCUAAAAUCGAAUUAAUCAGAAUGGCCAGAAUGAAAAGAAAUAAUAUGCGCCUUGGCACUAGCUCCGCUAUAAAAUCUCAUGAACAAAAACAAAUAUCUUCAAAUAUAGUUUCUCAACCGUCAACUCAGGAUUUUCAAAAAAUGCUUCAAGAUGGAUUUAAUAAACAACAAGAAUUAUUAAAAAAACAGCAAACGGAGCACAAAGCUGAAAUAGAAAAAUUGAAAGCCGAUUUCGAUACAAAAAUGAGCCAACAUUCUAAAAUUCAACCCACUCAAUCAAUAGAUCAGUCACCAGCAUUACCACCAGGUCGUGAGUAUAGAAGAGAUGAGUAUUAUACAAAUAAAUUUAUGGAUGAUAAUGAAAGAAGACGAAACCCUAAUUGGGGUGGUGAUAUAAAUAAUACGCUUUCACCAUUACCUAACCAUAUUCAGAAUCAAUCAGCUAGAAUAAAAAAAUUAGAAAAUGAUAUCAAUAUGCUUUGGGGUGGUACAAAUGAAACUCGGGAUACAGUAAAUCAGAUGAAUAAUCGAUUUAAAAAUUUAUCAAAGGGUGACCACACAACCACGGUUAAAUCAAAUCGAACAAGCUUUGUACCACUUGAGCCUAUUUCUAAAUCAGAUGAUCAACUAUUGAAAUUAUUGUCCCCUGCAAUGCGAGAUAAAAUUAUGAACCCCUCUUCAGAAAAUAAGUGGGUUGAUUCAGUUGAAUAUAUACAAUGCAAGAUCGAAAAUAUUGAUAUUCCGGAAGGGGGGCUUGAUACAUUAUCUAUGUGUAAUGUUAUGAAUAAAGCAUUAAAUAAUGCAUUAGGAUGGGACCUUGGAAAUGCACCAAAUAUCGCUCUUACACACAAUUCUGAUCAUAUAACAAAAUUAAUUGGAGGACAUAGGGACAUUCCAAUAUCGAUAAAAUAUAAAGACGAGCAGGGUGUAGAGCACCUGAUUACAGUAACAGGUAAUGUUGUAGUUAUUGAUGAUGGAAAAACUGAUUAUCUUUUAUGUAUAGGGAUACCGUGGAUCCGAAAAGUUAAAGGAAUUCCAGAUAUAAAUAAACACGAAUUUCAAAUGGCAGUUCGAGGAAAAUCUUAUGUUAUUCCAACUUUUACUAGACCAACUGAAGAUAUUAAUGUGGAUCAGCCUUUGAAGACACAUAUUUCUGCGGAUAAUGAUCUCAGUAAAUAUUUUGCACGUAAAAAAAAUAUGGAUCAAGAUAACAGAGUUGAUGCUAGGGCAUCUGAGGGGUAA